UCCUCCCGCGCUGACUUGGAAAAGCCAAGGGGAGCUUUCGACAGGGCCAAGUCAGGUCGCCGAUGAGCCCGACCUACGAAGUAAGGGUUGCUGCAUGUAACCGCAACCCUCCUCUCAACAGGAUGCUACCCUUUCUUACCAACUGCCGCCCGCGGGUCCGUGGGCAUAUUCCGCACAGAUGGCUGGCGGGCUGUGGCUCUCUCGUCUGACUGCGAAAUACAUAAGCCAGGCUGUGCGGACGGGACCAACAGCCACUUCAGCUUUCCUUUCUGUCUCCCCAAUGGGUCGGCUCAAUUGAGAACCAGAGUGUCCGACGGGUAUAUUCUUCGCAGAUGCGCAUCCAUCGCUUUUCUCAGUAGUAUCGAUGGGAUACUGAUGUACCGUUCCUGUCUGAACUCCGACCCCGCCCUGCGUUUCCAUGUCGAAUCAUCAAUACUAGUGAUAAGGCUAGGAUCCUGUGGUAUACCCCCUCCCUCAAUCCUCCAAUGGCGGCGUCUCUGUUGCUGCCCUUAGCAUUCCUCUCCAUAACUCCCGCUCUCAGCGCCGUGCCCCGCCCCGGCGCGGUCGACGAUGCGACACUCCUCCCCUUCGCCGGCUUCGCGCCGCGCUGGUAUGAUACAGAAGGCAUGCCGGCGGUGCCCGUUAGUCCUAACCCGCGACAUGCUGUGCUAGGCGGCCUCGUGGCAAGAGAUGCCUCAAUAUGCGACCCGGGCUUUCACAGUUGCGUGGAAGCGAACGGGCCGGCGACAUGUUGUCCGAACGAUAGGUACUGCUAUCUAGACGAGCAUUGGGAAACGAAGUGCUGUCCGCUCGGCGUGAAAUGCGACGGCUCGCUGUGCGCGGCCGAUGAACUCUACUGUAACCGGACGUCGUCGACAACUAUCCCCGUAACUACCACCACGGGUCGAGGGAAUGACAACACUGUAACAUCUUUCGUUUCGUACACGACCUUCGCGGCGUGCUGUAACCGUGCGUGCUCUGGGGAGCGGUUCUCAUGCGAGAAGGCGUUCGGCGGCCAAUGCUGUUCCUACGGGUUCAAAUGCGCGUCUAUCGGUUUAUGCAUUGCGGACCCGGUCCAGUCCACAAGCAUAUCGGCUUCGACCACGGCCCCUGAUUUCCCGCCCGGAUGCACCACCUCGCAGUUCUCAUGCGCAGAGACGGACGGUGGCGGGUGCUGCAACACAGGAUCCAUCUGUACCUACCAGACCAUCGGUGCUACUACGUCUAAGGUAUGCGCGCUGGACCCGUCGUUUACGAGUAGCAGCGGCGGGCUCCCGAGUGGUGCAAAAGCGGGCAUAGGGGUCGGCGUUGCAGUGGGGGCCGCGACCGUUAUCGCAGCCGUGACGUGGCUGUGUAUCCGACGACGCCAGAAGCGGUCAGGGACUACUGGGACGAACGCCUCGGCGCACGAGAUGCGGCAGAGCAUGGGGGCUGGCGGAACGGAACGCGAAGACGCAGGUGACUCGCUCCUCGUAGGCAUUAUGACACCGGGGCGCUCGCCGCUCACAGAAAGGGGCACCGACUGGGCGCCUUCGCACGAGCAAGAGCACGGACGCUACCACUACGGCGAUGUGAGAGCGGGCCCUUACAGGGAUCGAGAGGGCGACGGGCAGAUGCCGCCCAACCCCAGUCUUGCUACCACCCCUCCCGCGGGCUCAGUACCAAGUGAUGGUGGUGGCCGGUUUGCUGCCUCGAUGCCGUUUGGUCCUGAUCACAUAAGGAUACCGGUGGAGAUUGGUGGGGCCGAGACGCAGAAAGAGAUGGCAAGGAGUGAGGGAAAUGGGCGCGUAGAAGAGAUGCCAGGUAAUCAGGGAGACUCUCCCGAGGGUCGGUUUGAACUUAUGGGAAGUCUGGGAACGCCGUCGCCCUUGAAUCCUGAUGGAGAGGUUAAUCCCAUGGAUAAGGGACCGAAGUGAUACAGAUAGUAAUGUGAUGAGAAGAUAA